CCCGGACCAUAAAGGCCAGGCCAGCCUGGGACCUGCUACCCUUGCUGUCCAGCAACUGAAUCAGAGUGCCCUCUGUCCGGCCCAGCCAUGAGGCUCAUCCUGUCGCUCUCCGUCUUGGCGGUGGCUCUGCUGAUGGUUUUGGAAGGCCCAGCUCCGGCCCAGGCCGACUCCAGCAUCCCGGAAGAUCUGAAGGCGUUUGGGGACACCGUGAAGGAGAAGGUCCUGGCGGCCGUUGACAAAGUCAAAGAGAUCGACCUCUCUAAGGCCUGGCCCUGGAUUACGGACAAAUUCAGCCAAGUAAAGGAUACAAUUAAAAAGACCUUCUCCUGAACACCAGGAGGGCUGCCCCUCCCUUCUGCGGCUGCGCCCCAGGAGGGGGCUCUAGCAUUUCCCGCACCCCGGUCCCCUGUGCCCAGGACUCCCUCCGUCAUGCCCCACGUUCCCUCCCACCACCACCAC